AUGAGUGUUUUUAAGUUGCCUAAGAAGCUACUGCAGGAAAUCAAUUUGAUGAUGGAAAAAUUUUGGUGGGGAAGUAGAAAUAACAAGCUGAAAAUUCAAUGGAAGUCUUGGACAAGAAUGGGAGUUUCUAAGAAGGAUGGGGGUUUGGGUUUUAGAGACCUGGAAUCUUUUAAUAAAGCCAUGUUGGCUAAGCAAGUAUGGAGAGUUCUCAACAAUCCAAAUUCCCUAGUUGCACAACUCCUAAAACAGAAGUACUUUAAGAGGGGCUCUAUCCUGAAUACAAAGAAGGGGACUAAUUCAUCUCUGGUGUGGCAGAGUCUAUGGUCAUCCAUUGAAUUGAUCAAGGCAGGAAGUUUAUGGAGAGUGGGGUCGGGUUCUAGUAUCAGUAUUUGGAAUGAUAAGUGGGUUAAGAAUGUUGUGCUGUUACAACUCAAUCUUCCUAUUCUUUGUUCUAGCAGGGAUCCAACUAUUUCUGAGUUGAUUGAUGAAGGGGAAUGCAGAUGGAAGAAGGAAGUGCUGGAUUAG